ACAGACACUAAUAAAAUACUUCGACUGUAUCAGACAGUGUAGCUUGUAUUUACUUCGUCUCUGAAGAUUGUGACUGUGACCACGAUAUCUAGGACUGAACAUGGGAUACGGACUGAAAAUGUCCUUGGCGCUCUCUGCCGUGGUCAUAGCAUAUUUACUUAUGUACAGUGGAACCAAGUUUGAUCCAGCCGACGUCCAAGACAAGAAAGUUCUGAUAACAGGAGCAUCGUCUGGAAUUGGAAAACAGAUGGCGUGCCAUUUUGCCAAGAUGGGAGCAAACCUGGUCUUGACAGCUCGCAGAGAGAAUCUCUUGAAAGAGGUUAUAGAAAAAUGUAAGAAGCUGUCUCCGAACCCAACCGCUAGUCAUGCCUAUAUAGUCGCUGACAUGAAAGAGCUGGAAAAGACAAAGGAAGUUAUAAAGUUUAGUGUGGACAGUCUGAAAGGUCUGGACAUCCUGGUGCUUAACCAUGCCAGGAUACCAAAAAUGUUCGACAUGUGGUUUGGGAGCCAACAGAACCUGACAGAUCUGGCAACGGACAUGGACAUCAACUUCAGAGCAUACGUGCAUCUCGCUUCACACGCACUUCCACACUUAUUGAAGAGCAAAGGGAGGAUUGCAUUUGUUUCUUCUGUAGCAGAAAAGAUCCCGAUACCUGGGGUGGCAGUGUACACUGCAUCAAAGCACGCAAUGCAAGGGUUCUUUGGCGUACUAAGACAAGAGAUGGUGAUGAGAAACACAGGCGUAUCUAUCACAUCGUGCAUGGUGGCCGGGACCGGAACAGAACAAGUGAUGGAAAAUUUACAGGAAUCAGAAGGGGAAACUGCAAUGGACUUUCACCUCGCAGAUCCAACAGUUGUUGCCUUGGAGAUCGUCCAGGCAACUGUUGCUAGGCAGUACGAAGUGUACACAAGUUCCGAUAUAUUGACAUCAAUACUGGUAUUUCUAGGGAAAAUAUCACCAGAAUUAGCUGACCAACUUACUAUGAAAGCAUUUUUUGGAUAAAAUAUCAAUGACUGAUAAAGAUGUAUUAGGAAUUAACUGAAAAUGUAAAAAAAAAAAAUUAUAAAAUAAUUCAUCUCUUGUCUGAAAUGUAUUCUGGGUAA